AUGGAUAAUUCAGUCACAAAGACUGCUAUAAUCAUACACCCCGAUCUGGGCAUUGGUGGAGCCGAGAGAUUAGUUGUGGACUUGGCGCUUGCAUUGGAGCACGAAGAUUACGACGUCAAAUUUUAUACAUCGCACCACGACAAGAAACAUUGUUUUCCAGAAACAAACGGGCGCUUCCAGGUGUUUGUCCACGGCGAUUUCAUCCCAAUGACGAUAUUUGGAUACUUCUACAUCUUUUUAGCAACGAUCAGAGCACUCUACCUUGCGUUUGUUGCUGCUUGGAAGUCCAACGCGGACUUGUACAUCGUCGACCAAAUCAGUGUCGGCGUGCCUAUACUCAAGUUGUUCAACAAGAAAGUCCUCUUCUACUGCCAUCAUCCAGACAAACUACUUGUGAAGAAGGGAGGCUUCAUGAAGAGGAUGUACAGAAAGCCAUUCGACUGGAUUGAGGAGAAGGCCAUGAGUUUUGCGGACACUAUUGUUGUAAACUCACUGUACACACAGACGGUCUAUGAAAAGGCAUUCCCGUCACACUCAAGCACUCCACAGGUCCUUUACCCAACGUACAACCCAAUUUUGGAAGAAGAAAACCAAGACGAAAAAAGUCCUUUUGAAGAGGAAGUCACCGAAGAGUUUAUGUUUGUGUCAAUCAACCGGUAUGAAGGCAAAAAGAAUCACGACGUCGCAAUAAGUGCGUUGAACGAGUUACCCGAAGAUUUAAGGGGGAAUGUGCGUGUUGUGAUUGCGGGUGGGUUCGACGACAGGGUCAUUGAGAACAUCGAAGUCUACAAAUAUUUGGAGUCCCUCGCUAAAAAACUUGGGGUCGAACACCACGUAACACUGAUUAAGAAUUUCACUAAUCCGGAAAGAGAAUAUUUGUUGAAAAGAGCAACCGCUGUCCUCUACACCCCACCGUAUGAACAUUUUGGUAUCGUUCCAUUGGAAGCUAUGAUCAAGAACGUACCAGUCAUUGCGUGUAACAAUGGUGGACCACUUGAAACUGUCCAAGACGGAAUCACUGGAAUGUUGUGCGAUGGGUCGCCUAAAGGAUUUGCACAAUGUAUUACGAAAAUGUGCAACGAUAAAGAACUGAGAGAGAACCUCAAACAAAACGCAAAGAAUGAAACAAAAAAGAAAUUUGGGUUUGAGACAUUCACCCGGAACGUCAUCAAUGUUGUCAAUAACAUCUUGGCUCACUAA